UGCGUCAGGGGUGAAUACCGUUAUCUUUCCUCCUUCACUCUCUCCUCUGUGACUUCACUUCACCGGGAGCCCAAGUGGCUGCAGUUGCAAUUAAGGAACCACGCCUGUUGCGCUCUAAUUUCCCUGAAUUGCAGUACUUAUACGAACCCUCCCUGGAGCAGAAAGAGCUGUCUCUCAAGAACCGCUUGUCCAGAAAACGUGAUAUUCAUCAGACGAAUUUUUUUUUUCCUAUAUUAUUUUUUAUUAUCGCGAGAGCGAACAUUACGACCCUCCAGGGUUGAUCCUGACCACUGCUGUGCGUCUGGGAGGCGAAUAGUCCAGUCGGUCAUCCAGCGCUCUCUGACCGGGAACACGCGCUAUAACAGCAAUGGAGUACCUCAUGUUUUGUUUUGUGUUUUCAUUCUGGAUGAAGUUUGCAACUUCGGUCCUCUCUACUGAUGCACCUCAAGCUCCCGCGUCUAUUCCUAAAGAAAAAUUGCUUGUCUUAACUGUUGCGACAGAGGAAACAGAUGGCUUCCUCCGCUUCAUGCAGUCUGCAAACUAUUUCAACUACACUGUGAAGGUGCUGGGAAUGGGAGAAGCAUGGAAGGGUGGUGACGUGGGUCGUUCUAUCGGCGGAGGGCAAAAAGUCAGACUACUGAAGGAGGCUAUGGAGGCUCUGGCUGACCAGGAGGAUCUUGUUGUCCUGUCCGUGGAUAGCUAUGAUCUUGUCUUCGCUGGGGGACCAGAGGAGAUUCUCAGGAAGUUCCAGCAAGCCAAUCACAAAGUGCUUUUCGCUGCAGAGGGACUGAUAUGGCCAGAUAAGCGACUAGCUGACAAGUACCCCUCAGUCCGCAGCGGCAAGCGUUACCUCAACUCUGGAGGUAUAAUUGGCUACGCCCCGUACAUAAACAGAAUAGUUUCACAGUGGAGCCUCCAUGACAACGAUGACGACCAGCUCUUCUACACUAAGAUAUACGUGGAUCCUUUACAAAGACAAAAUCUCAAUAUGACUUUGGACCACAAGUGCCAGAUUUUCCAGAACCUGAAUGGAGCAGUUGAUGAAGUGCUUCUGAAGUUUGGAACAGACCGAGUGAGAGUUAGAAACACAGUGUACGACUCUCUGCCAGUGGUUGUCCAUGGCAACGGAAACACCAAAAUGUACUUGAACUACUUGGCCAACUAUGUCCCCAAUGCAUGGAACUAUGAACAUGGAUGUAGCCACUGUGAUGACGAUGUUGUGGACUUGUCUCAGUUAAAAGAGUAUCCAAACGUGUUGGUUGGAGUGUUCAUUGAGCAGCCAACUCCAUUUCUUCCUGAAUUCUUCCAGCGGCUGCUGACCCUUGAUUAUCCUAAGGAUAAACUGAAACUUUUCAUCCACAACAAUGAGGUUUACCACGAGAAACACAUCCAGAAGUUCUGGGAGGAGAACAGGAAUGUGUUCAACACUUUCAAGGUUGUGGGACCAGAAGAAAAUCUGAGCCAAGGAGAGGCCAGGAACAUGGGCAUGGAUCUUUGCCGCAAGGAUGCCACAUGCGACUACUACUUCAGCAUGGAUCCUGAUGUCAUGCUUACCAACAGACAGACACUGAAGCUCCUCAUUGAGCAGAACAGAAAAAUAAUUGGUCCCCUUGUCACUCGUCACGGCAAACUGUGGUCCAACUUCUGGGGAGCCCUGAGCCUGGAUGGUUAUUAUGCUCGCUCUGAAGAUUACGUCGACAUUGUGCAGAGAAAACGCGUGGGCGUGUGGAACAUUCCUUACAUGGCACAUGUAUACCUUGUCAAGGGCAGUGUCUUGAGGAAUGAACUGAAAGAGAGGAACUACUUCGUUCUGGAGAAACUGGACCCAGAUAUGGCUUUGUGCAGAAAUGCCAGAGAACUGACCAGUCACAGAGAAAAAGACUCCCCUUCUCCGGAAUCAUUCCAUAUGCUCAGGCCCCCACAGGGAGUCUUCAUGUACAUAACAAACCGUCACGACUUUGGAAGGCUCAUUUCCACAGCCAAUUAUAACAUUUCUCAUUACAACAAUGACUUGUGGCAGAUAUUUGAAAACCCCGUGGACUGGAAGGAGAAAUACAUCCACAAAAACUACACUCGAAUUUUCACCGAGAACUACUUGGAGGAGCCUUGUCCAGAUGUUUUCUGGUUCCCAGUGCUCUCAGAGAAGGCCUGCGAUGAAAUAGUUGAGGAGAUGGAGCACUACGGUUCAUGGUCUGGAGGCAAACAUGAGGACAAGCGAAUCGCCGGGGGUUAUGAGACCGUGCCGACGGACGACAUUCACAUGAAGCAAAUCGGGUUUGAUAAAGAGUGGCUGCACUUCAUCCGAGAGUUCAUAUCGCCCGUCACUUUAAAAGUUUUCUCUGGCUACUACACAAAGGGUUAUGCCCUAAUGAACUUUGUGGUAAAAUACACGCCUGGCCGACAAGCGUAUUUGCGGCCCCACCAUGACUCCUCCACGUUCACCAUCAACAUCGCCCUCAAUAACAAAGACACAGACUUUCAAGGUGGGGGCUGCCGCUUCCAUAGGUAUAACUGCUCCAUAGAGUCACCAAGGAAAGGCUGGAGCUUCAUGCAUCCAGGACGGUUGACUCAUCUCCAUGAAGGCCUGCCCACCACCAACGGCACCCGCUACAUCGCAGUGUCGUUCAUAGAUCCUUGAACCAUCUGAUUAUACUGUAAAUUGGUCUUUUGACCUUGCUUUGCUUUUUUUUCUGUCAUGUUUGCUCUGUUUUGUCAUUUGACGUUUUGCUGAUGCAAUUCUAUUUUUCUAUUUUUUUUUUUUUUUAAAGCAACUGCUUUAAAAGAAUAAAUAAUUGCAUUAAAAAAAAUCUCUGUCAAACAGAGUGUAGAGUGGAAAGGGAAGUGACAAAGGCAAUUCACACUUUAGAUACACAUAUCAAAGAGAAAAAAAAAAAUGCUAGCAGGGUACAGGGCCUCCAUUCCCAUUACAACCAGUAAGAGUGAGACUCAAAACCAAAAUCCUAGCAAGACUUAUUGGUACUGUAGGUUGUCAUGAUUUUCACAAUACUGAUUUAAAAUUGUCAUGGUAACCAUCAUUAAUACACACUGGUGCCUUUGCUAGCAGUUAGCUGUACCAUGCUAGUGUGCAGAUUGCUGUUGUGUAUCUAUUUGUGUUUCAGGUAAAAUGUCACUGAACGCUUUUAUACUGUAAAACUCACCAUUGCUUCAACAAUAACUACUGGUGCUCAUCAGCCUUCCAUGUUUCUUCAUUUAAAAGUUAAAUCAUAUUUUGCUGGGGUGUAAGUUAAGGUGUUUUUUCCACCUUAAAACAGUCCAGAUUCCAGAAGUUAAGUUGUGCCCAGUGGAUUUUAAAAAAAAAAUUAAAUAAAUCUAUUUUUGUAAUUUUGCACACCAGAAAAACAAGUGAGCAGAAUUCAGAAUGAAUCCUGUUUUAAUGAAGUUCAAUAUUCUGUUUUACUUGAAAGGCUUCUUUCUUUUUUUUUUUUUUUUUGGGAAAUCGGCAACAUUCAUUUGCUUCCCUGAAAACACUUUUUCUGCAAUUUAUUUUUUUUUUCUGAGAGAUAUGUGUGAAUGGAUUUUCAGCAAAUUAGGUUGUUUAACUUAUUGUCAAAAUUCAAUAAAAAUCUUUAUAAAAAUUAAA